GUGACCGCAUGUAUCAAAAAAUAAAGAACUCUUGUGACCGCUCACUCCCUGAAACUACAAAACCGUUUAUUUCAUUUCCAUUCAUUCCAUUCCAAAACCCACCGCAAAAUGUCACCACCACCACCAAUCCGUUUCGGCGUAAUCGGUUGCGCCGACAUAGCCCGCAAAGUCUCACGCGCCAUCUCACUCUCACCCCACGCCACUCUCUACGCCGUCGGAAGCCGCACCCUUUCCAAAGCCCAAACCUUCGCAAAAUCCAACAACUUCCCUAACGAUGCCAAAGUAUACGGAUCCUACGAAGAAGUUCUCGAUGAUCCAAAUGUCGAUGCCGUUUACGUUCCGUUACCGACUAGCUUACAUUUGCAGUGGGCGGUGAUUGCUGCUAAGAAAGGGAAACAUGUGUUGUUAGAGAAACCUGUUGCUCUUAGUGCUGUUGAAUUUGAUGAGAUUGUUGUGGCGUGUGAAUCUAGUGGGGUUCAGCUCAUGGAUGGUACUAUGUGGAUGCAUCAUCCUAGAACUAGUUUUAUGAAGGAGUUUAUCUCUGAUUCAAACCGUUUUGGUGAGCUUAAAUCGAUUCACACCGUUUUUACAUUUUGUGCUGAUCCCGAUUUUCUCGAGAAUGACAUCCGCGUGAAGCCGGAUCUUGAUGCUCUUGGCGCUCUUGGUGAUGAAGGAUGGUACUGUGUUAGGGCAAUUCUAUGGACUGCCAACUAUGAGUUACCUAAAACGGUAUUAGCCUCGCGCGAGCCCAUACUUAACAAAGCCGGAGUGAUAUUAUCUUGUGGUGCUUCUUUAUAUUGGGAAGAUGGAAAAGUUGCAACCUUCUAUUGCUCUUUUUUAUCUAACCUAGCAAUGGAUAUAACUGCUGUUGGCACAAAAGGAACACUUCAUGUUCAUGAUUUCAUUAUCCCUUAUGAAGAGACGAAGGCAUCAUUUUAUGCGGCUUCAGAAUCAAGCUUUGAUGAUCUUGUGACUAAGUGGGGUUCACAGCCGAGUAAGCACAUAAUAGAGAACGAUCUCCCUCAGGAGGUUCUUAUGGUAAGCGAAUUUUCUCGUUUGGUGGCGUCAAUCAAAUUCAAAAACUCAAAACCCGAGAAGAAAUGGCCGGCAAUUAGUAGGAAAACACAACUGGUAUUGGAUGCCGUGAAGGCUUCAAUUGAUAAGGGUUUUGAGCCUAUUCAGAUUCAGGAAUGAAUGUGUUUCUAAUCUGUUUGCACCUGGCCGAACUCAAAUCUUUGCUCUGUUAUUAGUGCGUCGCAAAAGGAAAAAAUCAUACCGGUAUGCACUUUUAAGCAAUUUAUUGCUGUUAGUAAUGCAGGGUUUGUAGACUUUUUAUGCCCUUCAACUUCAAGGUGUUGAUGAUGAAUAAAUUGAAUAACUAGUUGUAAGUUCUAACAACUUCAUAACCAGUUCCUAUAAAUGAUGAUAUAAUUUGUAACUGUGGAAGUUAUGUUUUACUAUGAAAUCUGAUAGAAAUAGACCAAAUGAUUCAACAA